GAAGUUAUUGAUAUAAACCCUAAAAAUAUAAACAGUUACCCAAGAAAAACUAUUCCUGGAAAUAAAACUAUAGAUUCGAAUCUUGGAGCUUGCUCCUCUUUUUGAAUUAUCUUCGCAAUUUUUGGAUAGUCUUAUUCACAAAUACCUUUGCAACAACUAGAGAAACGUCAACAACAGCGUUGAAGCACUGUGUGUAGGGGAGCACAGUGCCGGAUAUUCAAUUCAACUUUGGCAUUCACUGGUUAUGUGGGAUCGAUCCAGUGAAAUUUUUAACCUAAAGCAUAAUACAUGUUGGAUUGGACAUCGGAGUGAUUUGCCAAUAUCCUUUUUACCAAAAUCUGCAAUUCAAGCCCACGAGUUACCAAAUUGGACUUCUAUCUCUAAUUCACUCUUAGAAAGAAACAGUGGAUCAGACAAUCAAACGGAUAAAAUAUCAACAUUUGUUUAUCCCAUAAUCUAUUGCCCGACUGCGUCUACAAGUUCUGCUUAUGGUCGUUUUCUGGCUUUGUAUGGUCGUUAUUCAAGAUUUGCUGCUUCUAAACCAGCUCGAGAACCAUUUCAAGACUCUGACGAUUCUCGAUUGAGUAUUAUUGACAAUCUACUGGAGUAUCCUCUUACUCAAAAACAGCAAGCUAUUCGCAAGUUGAGACAUCUUCAUCAAUCCGACAGAAAAAUUAGCAUCAGAAAUACACGCAGGGGAAGUGUUUCUAGCAAAACACUAGAUCACCUUUUGUCGAAUCUAAAUCUGAAUGAACUCAGUUUAUCAGCUGUCCAUGUUGCAAUGGGUUUGGAUGGAUCUGCACAGAAAAUUACUCCAAAAAAGGAGGCUUACUAUCGACAGAUAUUCGACAUUUUGGAUGUUGAUAAUGAUGGAAAAGUAGAUGUUACAGAAUUAAAACAAGCUUACAGUGAAAUGGGUUUGUUACAAGUUCCAGGUCAGGCCGAGAAAUUCGUCACUGCCAGUGAUUCUAACAAAGAUGGUGAACUUGAUGUUACAGAAUUUGUAAAAUACCUCCAUGAACAUGAGAUGAAAUUGAAGCUAAUGUUCAAGAAGAUUGAUAGAGAUAAAGAUGGCAGAAUAUCACCAUAUGAAAUGAUUCAAGCACUGAAAUCUGUAGGAUUAACAAUAUCAGAUGAGGAGGCAAAUGCAGUAAUGAAAAGAAUGGAUAAAGAUGGAACAUCAUCAAUAGAUCUUGAUGAAUGGGUUGAACAUCAUUUACUACACCCUUCUACUGAUAUCAAAGAUAUCGUAUUUUACUGGAGACAUGCAACGUACAUGGAUAUUGGAGAAAAUCUUCUGGUGCCCGAUGUAUUCUCUGAAGAUGAAAUAGUAACUGGAAGAUGGUGGAAACUUCUCGUAUCUGGCGGAGUUGCUGGAGCUGUAUCUCGUACUUGUACUGCCCCUCUUGACAGACUCAAAGUUCUGAUGCAGGUCCAUGCAUCGAAGACGAACGAGCUGGGCAUCAAAUCUGGUUUCAAUGCAUUGUUGAACGAAGGAGGUGCUAGGGGAUUGUGGCGAGGAAAUGGCAUCAAUGUUAUAAAAAUUGCACCCGAAUCAGCCAUCAAGUUUUUUGCUUUUGAGAGGUUGAAAAAUAUAGUGAAUGGUGGAUCUGAACACGAAAUGGGAAUGCGGCAUCGUUUCGUUGCAGGAUCACUUGCAGGGGCCAUUUCCCAAACUUGCAUUUAUCCCAUGGAAGUUAUCAAAACACGUCUUGCUCUUCGAAAGACUGGACAAUAUCGAGGCAUUGUUGAUUGUGCCAUGAAAAUUUAUGCAAAUGAAGGACCUCGUGCUUUUUUCAAAGGCUAUGUACCCAAUUUACUUGGGAUUUUACCAUAUGCUGGAAUUGACCUAUGCAUAUAUGAGACAAUUCGAAAUUACUGGGUAAAACACCACUCUACUGACAGUCAUGCACCAUCGGUACUGUUACUUCUCGCUUGUGGUACAACAUCAAGCACAUGUGGACAACUAGCUAGUUAUCCACUUGCUCUUAUCAGAACAAAAAUGCAAGCAGCAAAAGCUUCAUCUAAUUCAGUGAAUAGACCGACAAUGUUCUCUCUUGCUAAGUCAAUUUUUAACAAUGAAGGAUUUGCGGGAUUUUACAGAGGAAUUGGACCAAAUUUUUUAAAGGUCGCUCCUGCAGUCAGCAUCAGUUAUGUUGUUUAUGAAAAUAUGAAGCAGGAGUUAGGGAUAGCAAGAGAUCCGUGAUACACAGCAUCAAAACAUCACACAUUCCUAGCUGAAAUUGAAGGGAUGCAACGGAAAAGGCUAACAUUUGCUACUGGAUGAGGUCAAGCAAGAAAAGUACAAACGUAUUGAUGUGGAAGUACUGGCAUAUCAAAAUCUUUUCUUCAUCUAUACCAUAUAGAGUGCUUCAAGACCCACUGUUUAAACCUUGUAGAUGAAUGUAGAGCAAUAUGUUGGCAGUAUUGUAAAAUCAGGAUUAAUAUGAAAUGCGGUUGCUCAAAAUCCUCAAUCAAACUGCAAUAAAUAUUCUGUUUCUUUUAACAUUUACACUUCAAGCUUGGGCUGCUACUGAAUUUGGAAGCUGUGAGUAAUGGGUCUGUGAGCCAGCUUUUUAAUGUACUACUUUAAUGAAUAUCCAACAAGUCCCUAAUCUCAAGUAUGACCAUUUUAUUUGGGACUGAUGAGCCUUGUCAUGCAGUUGCUUUUUCUCCACUGUCAUAUUGUUAAGGUCAUCAUAUUAACAUAUUGUGAAUCUGUUAAAAUGAUUUUUAUGUGUUUCCACACCUUCAUACAAAACAAGGCUUCAGGCCAGUGGGCUAACCCAGUCGAACAUCUACGCUAUUAUGCAAGCUUUUGUUGAACCUUAAUUUUUCAAGUUUGGGAAACUCCAAGUAAAUCCAUGGACUAUCGUUAUGCUAUAUCUGGGUGCAAUGAAUACUGUCAAAAUAAAGGAUUAACUGCGCUGAAAAACUGGUAUACCGGUAUUUGUUAACUAACUAAAAGAUCAGAUCCAACCCCAUUUUGUGAUGUAAAUUUUCAUAUUCAUCUUGGGAGGAGGAGAAAGUAGUUAGAUAAUUCAAUCAUACGACGAAACACAGCCUAUUGUCCGGUUGCCAGUCCUGAUCGGGUAUGCAACAAGUAGUUAAUCAAUCUACCAGUUCAACAUCCCUCGUGCAUGGAUUCGGACAGUGGAGGAAGGGCAGGUUUGCACGGGGUCCACUAAUUCUCUCGCACAUUGUUAUCUUCCACAAGUUUCAAAAUUGCCAAUCCACAUGUGGUAAUCAGCUUAUUGAUAUUAAAUCAUAUAUCUGUACCCAGUGUGAUGCGCUAAACAUUAGGUUGUCUACGAUAAGAACCGAGUUUGAAGCCCACUAAAGGGUGAAAUCAUAAAAAGCAAUAAAAUAAAUGGUGUAAUCUGGGCUAAGAAUAAGAAGCUCUACGAUGGAUCGGGGUGUCUCAAUCAGAAAAAUUAUAAAAAUGUAUGUUGUGAUCAGCCUGCAUCAAGAAAUUCUUAUUUGUUGUAUUCAUUCUUGUGCUAUUUUAUUAUUGUAUCAACUUCUUUGUUUUAUAAUAUUUAGUACAAAAUUCUUUAGGAAAUUCUAUUUAUUCUUAUUGUUUAUUUAUCGCAAUGGCGUGGUGAUAUAUUGUUAAGUUGGUGUAUGUAUCUAUGAUGGAAUAUUCAUUGGCAUGGUACUAGCACUCAAGCCACAGACCGGGCUUCUUUUUUAUUUUUUGAUGUUAAUGGAAAGGUCUUUAUUAUUUAUGUGUCGAAUUUGUGUUCUUUGUGAUUGAGAUUUGGUUUCUUGAUGUUGUGAAAUUAAUGUACUGCCGUAAGUUUGAUUCCAUUCCUUGGCUGUUGUUGAAACAAUUAUUGAUCCUUUAUCAUUACUUCAAUGAUCUCUGGCAAUUAGUUAUUUUGUGUAGAACCCAUGCAGAAAUUUUGCACAGUUUUGAGUCUGAUUUUUCUUUAACAUAUAUCUGAGUAACUGUAGUCCUAUUUUUCAUCAAUUAUAUUAUUGACCCUAA